AUGUCACUGAUUGCAGGGCUCACAGGAUGGCUGAUAUCCGCAUCUUCCCAUCCAAUCGACGAUGGCGAAAACGAGCUUCUCAACGAUGUACUCGACCUUCUUGAGAAGGACCGAGAAGCUGGCGGGAGUAUCUUGCAGCAGGCCUCUACUGCCGAGAUGAGCCAGCUGAUUGUUGACUUCUGCGUCGACUCUUACGAGCGAAAGCCCAAAGCAAGAGACGAAACGAAUCUGUUUGACCAGUUCAGUAGACUGAGGGAGCAGUUAAGGGAGAUUUCGGGUCAGAGCACCAGCAAGUACAGCAAGCCCGAAAGAAAGACCUUACUAGAUAAGGAGCUCGCGGAGGCCACUUCAAGGGCAGAAGAUCUCUCGUGCAGGGUCAAGGACAUUCUAGAUGAACUAAGCAUUCUUGAGUCAACUGUUCAGUAUCAACAGGAUGUUCAGAAGGCAAUGAGAAAGAAAGGCACCAAGAAAGAGAAGGAAAAGCGUGAGACUGCGGAGAUGGAUCUUACCGCAACUUAUGUUAUCAAUGACAUCAAGAGGUUGAACAGUGUGGCGGAAAGGGUUCUUGCGGCA